AUGUCCAGCACCACCCCUCCUCUUUCGCGCGCCGCCUCGUACAGCAUCCCUGCCACCCCCACUGAAGCUUUGCAAACCCCUUCCACCGGUACCACUGUCGACCUAACGCAGAGGCAGUCACAAUAUGAUGCCAGCCAGGUCUCUGGACAGGCUGAUCCCCCAAAGGUUGCCAAGUACUGCGUCUGGAGCGACGCAGACGACUCCACCAUGCUCGGUGUCCUCACCGAUGCCAAGAUUGACGGCCAGACAUCCGACAAUGGCUUUAAGGCUAGUGUCUGGACAAGAGUCAUCAACGCCGUCAACCCUCCCACCUCCGGCAAUCCCAAGACCUUGCGCUCUGCCAAAGAUCGGCACGCGCAUCUGUCUAGAGACUGGGCCGUUAUGCGUGACCUGAGGUUCAAGAGCACGUCAGGAUGGGGAUGGGAUGAUGAGAAUUGUAUGGUGACCGCGCCGGAUGAGGUUUGGGAUCGCUAUCUCGAGGCGCACCCCGGCCAUAAAAAGUACCGCGACAAGCACUUUCCCCUCUACGACCAAUACGAGUUCUUGCUCAGCGACGUCGGGGCUACGGGUGCCAAUGUCGUGACUGCCGGCGACCCCCCAUCUCCGGUCGAAAGCACGUCCACGGUACCCUCGGUAGCCGAAAUCAUGGGAGAAAGACAGGCGACUGAAGGGACGGCCGGAGGGUCUCUCGAAGAAAUUCCCUCCUCUUCUCGCUCUGGCGACGCUCCCCCCACCGCUCAUGGAACUCCCUCCUCUUCUCGCUCUGGCGACGCUCCCCCCACCGCUCAUGAUACUUAG